GCACUUAACAGGGAUAUUUAUACAUCCCUCAUAUAACCAAGUUGAUGGAAUAAUUAAAACUUGCCAUCAGCGCACGAAUAUCUAUCACAAUCGCACUAUUUUCUUCCUUUUCCAUGUGGGAUCGCCAUUGAUUAAAAUGCCCGGUCGUGUCCCAAUCAAGAGGAGUAAAACCUACACAACUCCACGACGUCCCUUCGAGAAGGAACGUUUGGACCAGGAGUUGAAACUUAUUGGAGAGUUUGGUCUGAGAAACAAACGUGAAGUAUGGCGCGUGAAGUACACUCUCGGUAAAGUACGAAAGGCCGCCAGAGAGUUGCUCACCUUGGAUGAGAAAGACCAAAGACGACUUUUUGAAGGUAAUGCUUUGCUGAGACGUCUUGUCAGAAUUGGUGUGUUGGAUGAAGGCAAAAUGAAACUCGAUUACGUGCUGGGUUUGAAACUGGAAGACUUCUUGGAGAGAAGACUGCAAACACAGGUCUUCAAACUGGGUCUUGCCAAGAGCAUCCAUCAUGCUCGAGUCCUCAUCAGACAGAGACACAUCAGAGUCAGGAAGCAGGUGGUCAAUAUUCCAUCCUUUGUGGUGCGUCUAGACUCCCAGAAACACAUUGACUUCUCCCUCAGGUCACCAUACGGUGGUGGACGCCCAGGCCGUGUCAAGAGGAAGAACGCCAAGAAGGGAACAACAGAGGAGGAGGAAGAUUAAUUGUACAUCUUAUGACAAUAAAGUCUUUCACUUUCAAA